GCUUUGGCCCUAAUGGCUUCACUUGCUUUAUCAAAGGCAGAGCGUCCUACUUGACAAACAGCAGGAGGCUGAUAGAGAAGCGCGGGGGGUGCCAAUCUAAGAGACCAAGCCUGACAUGCUGCGGUGAGUCCACCUACUGCCACCCUCGAGUGAGUUUUCUCUCCAGAGACCUUUCCUGAGCGCAGGGAGACCAGUCGAAGGGAAAGGCCACCCAGAAGCAGCGAAGUAGGCAGCGUCCCACCCACCAGAGAUCUAGUAGGGAGCCAGUGCCUGAACCGCCGUCUCUGGGUAGUCCCUGGAUUGCCGGCGCCCAGGAAACCACCCGCCAGAGGGCCAACCCAGCACCGACUGUUAUCCGGAGAGGCGGCGCAGGCCAGGAUUCAGGAGCGAGCUUGAUCUCUCAUCCCAGUCCCCUCCCUCCUUCUCCGGCUGUGAAGAUGUCCGCCAAGCCCGAAGUUGGAUUAGUGCGUGAGGCUUCUCGGCAGAUCGUGGCCGGUGGUUCAGCUGGUUGUCUUACCACAAGAGAUAAGAGGAAUCACCAACCAUUCUGCUUUGCCAAGAAUUUGGGGAGAGGUGGGGGCAGCCACUACAGAAUUCAAGGUCUUGUAGAAAUUUGCCUGAUGCACCCCCUGGAUGUGGUGAAAACCAGGUUCCAGAUUCAGAGAUAUGCAACUGAUCCAAACAGUUAUAAAAGCUUAGGGGACAGCUUUCGUAUGAUCUUCCAAACAGAAGGGUUGUUUGGUUUUUACAAGGGAAUUCUGCCACCCAUCUUAGCUGAAACACCAAAAAGAGCAGUGAAGUUUUUCACCUUUGAGCAGUACAAGAAAUUGCUAGGAUAUGUGUCACUGUCACCAGCAUUGACAUUUGCCAUUGCUGGAUUGGGAUCUGGACUAACAGAAGCCAUCGUGGUUAACCCUUUUGAGGUAGUAAAAGUUGGCUUGCAAGCUAAUCGGAACACAUUCACAGAGCAACCAUCCACCUUAAGUUAUGCAAGACAAAUCAUUAAGAAGGAAGGCUUGGGACUCCAGGGCCUCAACAAAGGAUUUACAGCAACUUUGGGACGUCAUGGAGUUUUCAACAUGGUUUAUUUUGGCUUCUACUACAAUGUCAAAAACAUUAUUCCUGUCAAUAAGGAUCCAACCUUGGAAUUUUUGAGAAAAUUUGGGAUUGGUCUUCUUUCUGGGACAAUAGCCUCAGUCAUUAACAUCCCUUUUGAUGUUGCCAAAAGUAGGAUUCAAGGACCUCAGCCAGUUCCUGGAGAGAUCAAGUACAGAACCUGUUUUAAAACAAUGGCAACAGUCUAUCAGGAAGAAGGGAUUUUAGCCUUGUACAAAGGACUGCUUCCCAAAAUUAUGAGACUUGGACCAGGUGGUGCAGUGAUGCUGCUGGUUUAUGAAUACACCUAUUCAUGGCUGCAAGAGAACUGGUGACUGCCUCCCAAGCAUUUUCCCCUUGAGAUAAUGGGUAUUUGCUCUGCAACCCCAUGAAGAGGAAAGACUACGGAUCAGCUAAACUAGGCAUACGAUUAUGAAGGGGAAAACAGCUUGUUCAAGAACAAAGCCUAUUUUGAGACGUUAGAAAUUAUCUUUAGGCAACUUGAAAUGAUAGUUUGGGUCAUAUACAUAAAGCUGUGAAAAAAAUAGUAUGAAACAAUGAGAUAUAUAAGUUGACUAUUAAAAUUUCAUAGGAAUCAGUUAUGUUUUAUAAAAGCAAAAUGAGUUUCAUCACUUAUGUUCCUCUUAUACUACUUCAUAAUGAAAAUUCAUUAUAAUGAUAAUUGUUUUUCCUAAGAGGCCUAGAAAUGCUUAAGUUCUUGAAAGUAAAUUCUUCUGUGGCUAUUUUGAGAAAAACUGGGUGAAAAAAAUAGUUAAAGUUUUUAUAAGAAGUUAACUUUUUCCACUAGUAAUAUUUAAAGAACAGAAGGAGAAUAUUUUCAAAGUGCAUUAAAAUGGCUUUUUAAGAAUGUUUAAUAUCAUGAAUGUUAUUAAAAUGUAAAUCUGUUCUCUAGUUCUAGUUUCCUAAAUCUACUUUAUAUUUUACAUGAUUGAUUAAGUAGAUAUAUUUUAAGUCAUGCUAUCUGAUGUAUUUUACUACUAAUGGAAUACAUGAAAUUAAACUACUUUGAAGACAA